AAAUACGGUUUUUGCGUUACCUGUAGAAGAAUAUAGGUAGGCCAUUGCCAGACAGCUGGUCGCCGUUUGGAAAACGGCUAGUUCUUCUACGUUCAGAGUUCACAGAGAUUUACGAAUCGAAUUUACGUUCACUGAAUUCGAAGUUUUAUUUCCACUAGUUGUUGUGGGACAUAAAUUCCGCCUAACUUUUAGGGAUCACAGAAACAACAGUGUAGACAUGAGCGUUCAAUCUUUUCAAUUAUCUGAACUAGAGGAAAAAGCUCGUGCAAGUGCACUCAAAAGAGUUUCUGAUCAUUUUCAAAAGCCAGAACAACUGGAUAAGAUAGAUAUUAUUAAAUCUAGAUUUCUAAAUCAGAAGACUGCCACCGAAGCUCAGUUAAAAAUGGCUCUAUAUAGCCAGUUAGACGGCAGUAAAGUCGGUUUGGAAAAACUGGAUACUGCCCUCGCUGAAUCACAAACAUGUAGGAACAGACUCAUCCAACUGGGAUCUUCAUUGUCUGGUUUGUCCGGCUUGUCGCAGCAGUUGCAUGAGUUAAAAAAUCUCUCGACUAAAUACAGUCAACUUGGUGCUGCUAUGGAAAAUAUGAGUUAUCUUGUGAAGGCCCCUGAAACAUUUGAACAGGCUCGAACAUAUCUGGAGUCAGAAAAUCUCUUAGAAGGUCAUAAACUAAUGCAGGAUUUGGAAGGAAUUCGAGAUGAACUGAUGUUUGAAGUGUAUCGACAAAAGUCUAUGGAAGAUUUAGAUACAUUGCGUGCCUUUUUCCGUGAGCUGGAAAAUUUAAAUGACACGUUUAGACAUAAAAUAAUUGUCCUUGGAUCACGUUUGACCAGUGCAGUAAUUACUCACAAUCGCUUUGUUGUUAAUUGUGUACGUGUUAUUGACCGUGAAGAAAGAACUGAUGCUAAUUGGCGGAAACGAUCAGAGAAACAUGGUUUUAUGCCAGAUGGACGACCGAAACAAUGGAAGAAGCUGUUAUUUGACAGUAUAUUUAAUACUAUAAAAAAUAAGGUGUUUGGAAGCGCGCUAGACAAUGAAAAUGAUAAAAAUAAAUUAGUUCGACACAAUGAAGCCAUUAGACAGCAUACGCUAGCAGAUUUGAAAAUAGCAAAAAAUAUAUGUCCAACAUAUUUCCCAGCAGAUUAUGCUAUAUUUGAUCGAUUUGUUGAAAUGUAUCAUGAAGCUAUCGGAAUGCAUGUUGAAAGUUUAGUACUUGAGGGUCUAUCUGAUACAGAGAUUGUACAACUACUAGGUUGGAUAAAUUCUUAUCAUACUGAAGAAUUCAUGAAAAAUCCUUUCAUGAAUAUUGACUUUAAUCGAUUGAAUUUAAGACAUCCAAUUAAUUUGUUGCCUGAUGAAAAAUUAAAUUCACUUCGAAAGCAAUAUGUUUCAAAGACGAUUGAACGACUUAAAUCAUGGUUAGCAAAUUCACUCUUAAAGGAUACUUCUGAUUGGCAACGUUCAACUGGGCCUGAAUUAGAUGGAUCUUCUAAUUAUUUCACUGAUUUGCCUGUAUUAGUCAUGACACCUAUCAAUGAAAUGAUUGGUAAAGGUAAUUUAUUGCAUUAUCUGGGCAAUGCUGUAAGAGAACAAUUUUUUACUCAAUGUGUUGAAGAGAUGGCGCUUUUCGUGAAAGAUUACGAUGAUGAUAUUAAAAAGUACCGAGCAGCCUACAUACAAGACAGAUCGAAAUUUCCAUGCUAUAUAGAAUACAUUUUAGCCAAUGCAAAUGGUGCAUGUAUGAUUGCGCAUAGUUUUGUCACAGUAAUUAUGGAUGAAUUGACUGAAGAUUCACAUCUUAAAGGGAAUCUGACAGCUAGGAUUAGUCAUUUGAAAUCAGAAUAUGAAAAAGUAGCUGAACAAUGGAUAGCUUAUGCUGAAGAAACCGUAUUCAUGGAUUUAAAUCGUGUACUAAGCGUGAUUAUGACAUCUCAAUGGCUACGCCCGGAUGAUAUGACAACACAAUAUCUGGUUGGUACAUUAGCCGAUUAUGAUGAAACAUUGAAGCAUACAAGACAAAAUUUAUAUGAUAAAUUAGCUGAAAAAUUGGCUGAACGAAUGUUAAUUGAAUACUUGAAAGCAUUAAUAAGCCGACGAAGUCCGCUUUCUACAGAAGCUGAUAGAAAAAAAGCUGGUGAGAAAAUCACACGAGAUGGACAUGAUUUAAAGAACUAUUUUGAAGAGAAAAUGAAAGUGAAAAGUGAAGUAAUUGUGGCAUACGACGCUUUGACAACUAUCGGUCAGUUGUUCCUUACAACUGAUACAUCAAUGUUACCCUUGGAUAUUGCUAAUUUGAAACGUCAAUUUCCUGAUGUUCGUUCCGAUCAAGUUUAUGCCUUGCUUGUUGCUCGUGGAGAUGUUACAUCUGACAAUGCUAAAGGAGUAAGUUUCCAGGAAAAAUAAAGAGCUCUUCAAUAAUUAGAAGUAUUCAAUUUUUCUUGGGGGUUGUUUUUAUUUUAGAUUCGAUUGUAGUUGGCUGCUUCUCACUGUGGCUAAAUGGCAUUUUAUCGAGGUUGUAUGGCGAAUAACUAUGGAACCCAAUAGACGCGUUUCACCUCAUUCGAGAUUCAUCAGCUGGAUGUUCCUGCUUCUCUCAGUGUUGAUGUUCACAUGGAGAUUCGAACUCAUCACCUCUCAGCUUAAGUACCAUCAUUUUAUCCACUGAGUUGCUGAUUCCGAUUUCUUACCAGGCCUCUCUAAUAGGAUAAAACGCACCUCCUGCAUCCUAUCUUUACCCAUUAUCCAACCUUGAUAAAAGCCUGUGACUAAAUGGCAGUAUUGGGAAAAUCCGUUUACGAUGCACAUAUACCAAUAAAGACUAAACAGACAAUUAUUAACAUUGAUAAUGGGAGGCUUACCGACUUAUAUAGUUCAAUCUUCAAAAUAUCAGCUUUCGGCUGACUCUCAUUACGGAAGGGAAUUGUCACAAAAGCCAUCACCGUUCGCAAUUUUCACACGAUUAGUCGUCGCAAUGGACACACAUUAGUGCUCACUUUCUGGCCGGAAAAGAAAUAAUGUAAAAUUGAUCAAUUUCGUGACUUUUUCAAUCCCAUUAUUUUUAUCUUUAUAAUAUAAUCACUGAGUUACUUUCUACAUUUUGUUUAUUUGUCUUUUGCUUCAGAUAAACCCAUUAAUU